GUGUUGAUGAAAUGAUGUCCAAAUUUGUUGCCCAACUUCUUGUUAGAGACCCCAUCACUUUAUACAAAGAAAAAAUCGAUCAAGACAUUAUGAAUGAUACUGAUCACAUUCAGACCAUUAUAGCAAGUAACUGGCACAGCAUAAAACUGAAGCUUCCUGAUGAGAAAUCCGGAUGGAAAGUGGAGUUCAGAACAAUGGAGGUUCAGCUGACUGAUUUUGAAAAUGCUGCCUUCGUUGUAUUUAUGCUUCUUCUUACACGUACUAUAGUUACUUUCAAACUGAACCUUUUGAUCCCGAUAACAAAGGUUGAUGACAACUUCAAACCAGCACAAAAGCCAGAUGCCAUUAAUAAAGAGAAAUUUCAUUUCAGAAAGGAUAUUCAAAAAA